AUGCCGACCGUCACGGCCAUUGCUCUGGAAACCCUCCUGGAGCCGGGUUCCUCUUCCUCCGGCUCCCAGCACAACAGAGGAGGGCACGGCAUCGGCAAUCCUCCUCCAUCACGACCCCACUCGUUGAAGGAGGACCAUAGCCGACUCCGCGGAGCCCGUGGAGGCUCCUCCGCUGCCUCCUCCUCGCUGAAGGAGCACCACCGCCACCAACCCGGGGUUCGCCGCGAGCAGCAGCCCAUCUUCCUCUCCAGGCGGCCGCGGGACGAAUCCGAGGUUUCCGUCGCAGCUGAUCGGAACGAUGACCCCGCGCAGGCUGCUGGAUCUAGGGCAAAGUCCACGGCAAACGGAUAUUACAUCUCCCCCAAGCUCUACGCGACGCCAGAGCCGACGCUGAUUGUUCCCACCGGUGGGAUCUCCUCCUCCUCCCUCACUUCCGUCUCCUCGCCAUCGCCAUAUGUUGUCAAUCACAAGCGCCGGGAUCUGCCUCGCCCGCCGCCUCCCCUUCCUUCAACAAGCAAUGAUAAGGGGGGUGCGUUUCCCCCUAUCCAUCUCGAAGGGUCCGACUCUGCGACGAAAGCUCCUAAUUCCACCAUGGAAGUUACUGUCAGAGAAUUGACGAAUGGAACCCAUGGAGGUCGCUCGGACGAACAGGAGGAUGAGGAAGGCCUGAGGAAGGUGGAGGACGAGAACAAUUCUUCGGAUCUCCGGUCUCAUUCUGGUGGGCUGUCUGAGAAAGAAUGUCCUGACGCGAGCAUAGACGAUGACAUGGAUGAUAAUUUCUUUGAUCCACGGGAGCUGAUGAGCACAGUGAGCAGCAGCGACACAGAAGACGGAGGUAGCGUCCUCCGUAGUGGCUCUGGGAGGUGCCACACUCCGCUCGCCAGUCUCAGCGAGUUCUAUGAUGCCAAUGAAGGUCUUCUUUCUCAUCCUAUUUUCUUCUUUCCUCUGUCUCGUUAUUUGCCUCCCCCAUCAGUUCCACAGCCAAUUGAUGUUCCUUUACCGUGCCCAUGUCUUUCAUUUUCUUCGGCAAAUUGCUUUUUCUUUGAAGAAAUGUUUGUGUAUUUUCCUCAUUCUCUCGUUCUCAUUUACUACCUGCAUACCCGGUCCGAACUAGACAGCUGCCCCCUCUCAUGUACGCCUCCGAUUUGUGUUCAAACAAAGUAUUGAGGUUAUGCGAAGCGCUUGGGAGAUAUCCUCUAGUUCGGAAAUCUUUGGCCCACUUUAGAAAUAUUUUCUAUUCUCCCCGUCGGCAGACUCUAGUUCUUGGCGCAAAUAACCUUCUCUAUUCUCCACGGGUAGAAACGCUUACGUUAUCUGAAUUUCAUAAGCAUUUUAACGCAGACGUAAGGGAUUCUUUAUGGAUUGCAUACUGUUUUGCGUGUGAAUAACUGCAUUCGAAGUUUCUCACUUUGUGGCAGAGUAGGAAAAAAGGUAAUUUUGUUUUGUUUGUGCACUCAGGAGAAAGAUUUUUUCGCCCUUUUUUAUUAGCUCAUCAUGAUUGUAGUCAAGUGUAAGACUAUUCACCACAAAGUCAGUAAGAUUGGACCAAGAUGCCACAGGCGAAGAAGGGCCAUAAGACGCCCAAGGCAUUGGGUACUUUUAGGCAAAAAGUUUAUUGCCUGGGUCACUUGUUUGAUGGAUUUAAGCAUUGACAUAGGUUAAUGCUCACACAUAAAUCUGGCUCAACGGUCUUGUGGGAUGGACUCCAAAACCAGCAUUUCGACUGCAGGGAACUUACCAGCUAUGUAUAUAUAUACAGAUGUCUUACAGAUCAAAAAUUUCAUGGUUGAAAAGCACCAGAUCCCUCUAGAACUCCAACGUUGUAUGUCUGAACAAAAGUAUUAAGGGGGUGGGUGGUUUCCUUUGAUGUUCUUGUACUGCACCGCUUUAAAGGCAUCUUCUGAAAGCAAAAAGAGACCAGUUUUCACCUGGGCACCUCACAUUGUUUCCUAGAUGACUAGUUGGUUGGCUAAGAGUUUCAUUGUCUUGGUCUUCCGCCAUAUUUGGGUAUUGCUCCAUUUGUAUCUUAAAUUAUUGCCAAUGAAUGUUCCUCCUAUCCCGAACUCGACAGCCAUUCUGCCAGGAAUCCUUUAGUGAUAAUGCCCAGUUUUUUCAGUCUAUGUUCCAUCUUUUAUAUUUUCCAUAAAAACGGUUUUCAUGGUUUUCAUCGUUUUGUUGAUUUUGGGAUUCCGGAGCAGAGUAAAAGUCAGAGAAGAAAUCACUGUCUUGGUCAAGUUUCAAAUACGCCUAGCUUAUAUUUUUGUUUCCCACUUUUUAAACUCUUCCUUUUAAAAUUUCUUUGUCAACUUAUUUCAGAAUAGUCAUAGGUAAGGGUCAUCUCGGAGCAGCCCGAGCAGAUAUUUGAUUGAAACUAGGAGGAUCUGCACUGCUAACAAAUUUCAAUGUUCAGCCCUUUUCUUUAGAUAUGUUGUCUGACACUAUUUCUCAUUCUAAAUGAUUACUUUAUCGGUGUUAUGACCAUAGAGUGAGAAAUUUUUGAGCGAUAUCCGAUCUGAAACAGAAGAAAUUCUGCAUUUUGUCAAAUUUUAUACCUUGAAUUGAGUGACCUGUCUACGGCACCAACAAAAUGAAUAAGAAGAUCACGUCCCCUUGUUGCUGCCACCCCCUUUGAAUCUUAUUCCUUUUCCUUGGAAUCCUUUGAAUGAAGGUUUCGUUAUUAAGGCGUCAAAAGGAUUGUGCAAAGAGUUGUCCAUAAUUAGCCGAUUAAUCUUACUUUCACUGAUAAGUGCUUUCACUCAGACGGGCAAUGGUCUAUUAUCAUGUGCAUUCACUGCAGCCAUCAAAGUUGCUUUUUCUGGGGCUCUCUUGCCUGCUAUGCGUUUCAUCAUCUAUGGCUCCCCUUUGUUGCCUUGGAUGCAUUUUCUGCUUUCCUUAUACCUUCAUUAGUUCGAUUUCUAUGGCAGCAACUGUUUGCUUCCCCCCCGACCACUUUACUCUUCUGUUUGCUCUAAUGGGCCAUGCGCAUCUGAAAUUCUUUAGAAACCUUCCGCACCAUUCAAGUUGAUGCUGUGGGGGAAGGACUAUAGGACUUUGUGCUCCUCUUAACUCAUCUCUGCCGAUAUGUUGAUUGAUCUGGUGUUGGUCGUUUGCAGAUUUCUUCUCCGAUGGUUCUGUUUCACGGGCAUCGCCUUCUUUCCGGGCGAGCAUCGAGGCCGAUCUUCGCUCCAUCAGACUCGAUCUAUUCGAGGAGAUGGACAGGAGGAAGAAGGCGGAGGACGCUCUGGAACACCUGCAGAACAUCUUACAGAGGAUGGCCGAGCAACUCUCCCCGGUGAGCGCCGUCACAUUUUCUCUCUCUAGGCCUGGGGGCAAGGACCCCCUCUGGGAUGCGAGCUCGGCCGCCCAGUUCUGCCAAGAGGUGAUCGUCACAAGGAUGGUGUCCGAAGCUCUGGAGAGGGGCUUGGCCGGGGCCGAAGCCGAGGCUGCCGCCGAGGCGGUCAUCGAGGUGAAGAACCAUGAGAUUGCCCGGCUGCGAGAUCGGCUCCAAUAUUACGAGGCCGUCAACCAGGAGAUGUCGCAGAGGAAUCAAGAAGCCAUCGGUAUGAAUUUUGAUCUCCUCGAGUUCAUUCAUAGUUCCCCCCAAGUCUCUUCCAUUUGAAAAGCCUGUUUAAUAUUUUGCUUGCCCAUUUCAUCGCCCCUGGCGGCGCUGCAGAGCUCGCCCGCCGGCAGCGGCAGAGGAGGAAGGUGAGGCGGCGCUGGGUGGUGGGCUGCGUUGGGCUGUCGAUCGCCGUGGGGGCUUCUCUGAUGGCCUUCUCCUACCUGGGCGGGGCGCACGGCGGGCGCCACGAGCCGGCUCCGGUGGCCGCGGCGGAGCUGCCAGCGGAAGCCCGAUCGGCGUAA